UGGACUCACAAUUGCUCUACUAAUGUACAUUUAAUGUGUGUUAAACUGUGUGAAAGUUGCAGGACCAGUUUGGGUUGUUCUUAAAGGAUACAAUAACGGACACACCUGCCUUUAUAUUCAUGAACACUUUCAGUAAACGGCACAUUACUUUCAGCAGUGAGCUGUACAGACUCACAGCUCCUUUACACAACAUUGGAAAAAUCAAGGUACACGCACCCCCGGUGAUCUGGAUUUGUUCUCUGGGGGUACCCCUACCAAGCCUUCUAAUACUUCAUCAAUGAUUACCAAGAAAAGCUGGCACCAGUGGAAGAGCGAAUAGAACACUCCAAGUAAUGUGCGUAACAAAGUGUUUUUUAUGUAUCUGCUUAUCUGCUUAUGUAAGUUUCGGGAGCCAUUAGAAAAGGAGACACCUCCAGGCCUGCUCCCCAACAUUGAUUUCUCUGGAUAAUGGGUCAAAAUCCUUCGGCUCCGGACGUGAUUAUCCAGCAUGACAAGGCUGAUAUUAUAUGUGAGAUCUUUAGCCAAGGAGUGGUUCAUGCAGCCCAGAAACUCAAGGAAUAUCUGGGAUUUGAAGACCCUUUUGGCAACCUUCGUCCAACUGUGGAUACUUUGAUAGAAAUCUUCCUAGUGAACUUUAUAAACUUCUGUGUUGAAAAAGGCGUAGAGGAAAGGAUCGCCACCAGUAAAAUGACAAAGCAGCAGUCACUCUUGCUUGGCGUCGAUUGGAUCUGGACCAUCUUUGGUUCUGAUAAGCUUGUGAAGCUCCAGAUAGCCGUCCAGGCCCUGGAAAUGUCGGACUUCGUUAUGCAUGGGAGAAGGACGCACAGUAUGACCAGCUGCACCCAUUGUAAAGAAGUACAGCUGACUGACACAUCGUACAAGGACAAGAGUCCGUCCGAGAAGCUGGAAGAGUUCUGCGGGCUGGUGGGGACAGACUGCAUGGGGUUAUUCAUAGUGUUUGGUUUGCCAGGGAAGCCCAAGGACAUUCGAGGAGUACUUCUGGACAGUGUGAUGAAGGAGAAAAGGAAAGCCUCUGGGGAACAAGACUUGGAACAAUUCAUUCUGAGCACAGACACCUUCCUGCCGACUCGGGAGAUGUUAGAGACUUGUAUGUCAAGGAAGAAUGGCUACAAAAACAUCGGGAAAGUGUAUAUCAACUUCUUGUGAUUGUGCUAUAAUUUCUUCGUACAAAAUGGUGCAAAACUGGAUUGUGGGGAGAAAUUAAUCUGGACGGCGGAACUUAUGGUGGAGACUGGGUAUGAAACAGUUUGUGUGUCGUACAUUAAUCUAAUGUGAACACACAACAUGAAUGGCAUAUGGCAAAAAGCAGAGGAGGUGGGUAAUAAAACACCUUACAUCGUGUUAGUAAGAUUUAC